AUUCAUUUGAAUUCAAAAGUUCGUUUUGUUUGUAAAGAAAGUGGACUUUUGUGUAUUUAGAUUACUAAGAAACCUCUAUUAAUUCUGCAAGUUAAUAAAAAUAUAUUAAUGUGCCUUUAAAAUGAAUUACUCUACAAUCAGCAACAAGACAAAUUGUACUGAAGCCGAGGAACUAACCAACGGCGAAUUAAGUGAACGAUACUAUUUGCUAAAGAAACAGUUCGACAAUGUUUCUAGCAGUUACGAAGCGACAAAACAAGAAUUACACGACGCAAGACGAAGUUAUCAGACAGCUUUAGACGUACAGAGGCAUUUAAAUGCCGAACUUGAAAGUUAUCAGGCUGACGAGGCACGUCGGAAAAACGAAUUAAAUUUACGGAUAACAUCGCUUCAAGAAGAAAUCUCACAACUGCGAGAAGAACGCACUGAACUUACAGAACGACACGUUGUAGAGAUUAAGAAAUACGAGACUCAAAUUCGGAAUUUGAAAGAGGAACAGUCUUUAAAAGUACGGGAGAGUCCAGAGCGUGAUAACUCAGCGGAGCUUGAGGAGGCGCGAAAUGCAGCAAGAGUUGCUUUAUCUGAUGCUGCGGCAGUCAAGGCGGCGCUUGAAGAAGCGAAGAUGGAGAUCGCGUCAUGGCGCUUGAAGGCUGAGGAGUUGGUGAGGGAGAUUGGCGAGAUGCGUGAAGCCGCUGAGUUGAGGAGGGACGAACUGCGGGCGGCGAAUGAGAGGGAGGCGACGGCACACGCUGAGCUGGCUGAAGCUAGGGCACUGCUGCAUCAGUGCACUGACUCACAAGACCUACAGCCACAUGCUGCCAAGGGAAAUUCAAUAUUUGCAGAAGUAGAAGACAAGAGACAAGAAAUGGCAAAGAAUCUCAUUCAAAUGAAACAGACAAAUUCUAGGUUACGGAGGGAGGUGGCUAACAAGCAAGCGGAAGUUGAUGCCUUACUUCAUGAGAAGCAGACUGUGUGGGAGCAGCAGGCAGGCGCUGCUGCACAUUAUGAUAGGGAACUUAUUGAGGGCUAUGAAGAGCGCAUUACGCAGCUGGAGGGCGCUUGUGAGAAGCAGAGGCGAGAGUUGUCGCGGUGGUUCGGCAAACUGUGUGAGCCUACCGCUAAUGGUUGGUUGCCUGGCGUGUUGGACCAUUUGAAAUCGGAGUGCGAGCAGCUGAGAGCGGAGGUGUUGUCCCGCGGCGCGGCGCAGCUGGCCAGCGCCGCGCAGGUGCGCGAGCUGCGCCGCAAGCUGGCCGCGCAGCAGCACGCGCGCGCGGGCCCCGCCAGCCGCAGCCCGCACAGCCCGCGCGACGCGCUCACUAGCGAUGAUGUGCCUGUCAGCGGCGGCAACAAGCUCACCGUACAAGUCCGCCCUAAGGCUGCCGUUGAUGAUGUCAAGAAGAAAGUCUCCUUUAAUUAGAAGCUUUAGGGUCAUAAAGUUUUUAUUAAGUUAAGUGAAAAUGUUGGACAAUUUAUAGUAA